AUGGCGAACCUCCCCAAGACCAUGAAGGCGCUGCAAUACUCAGAGCCUACAAAGUUCUCCAUCAUCCAGACUCCUCUUCCUGAGCUCAGAGACGAUGACAUCCUCGUCAAGGUGAAGGCGUGUGGUGUGUGCGGAACUGAUUUGCACAUCCACGAGGGAGAGUUCAUUGCCAAGUUCCCCUUGAUCCCCGGCCACGAGACUGUGGGCGUGAUCGCCGCCAAAGGCAAGAAUGUCAAGGACUUCGAGAUCGGUGACCGUGUGGCAGCUGACAACUCAGAGUUGUGCGGUCACUGCUUCUACUGCCGUCGUGGCGAAUCACUGCUGUGCGAGAACUGGAGCGGCCACGGUACCACCCUGCCUGGUGGCUUCGCCGAGUACUGCGCAUACCCGCAGCACCAGAUCUUCAAGAUCAACAACCUGAGCGACGUCGAUGCCACGCUGAUCGAGCCCGCUUCCUGCGCCUGUCACGGCCUGGACAAGAUCCGCCCCCGCCUGGGUUCCUCGGUGCUCAUGUUCGGAGCCGGCCCCACUGGUCUGAUGCUCGCGCAGCUGCUGCGCCAGAACGGAGGCUGCAGCGUCACCAUCGCUGCGCCCGGCGGCCUGAAGAUGGAGCUCGCCAAGAGCCUCGACGCGGCCGAUCACUACGUCGAGCUGUCCCGCUCCGACCCCAAGCCCCAGUUCGACCAGAUCAAGGCCGAGAACAAGUACGGAUUCGACGUGGUCAUCGAGGCCACCGGCUCCGUCAAGCUUCUCGAGGACGCCAUUCACUAUGUCCGCCGCGGCGGCACCCUCGUCGUCUACGGUGUGUAUGCCCACGCUGACCGUGUCUCGUGGCCGCCCGCCAAGAUCUUUGGCGACGAGAUCCGCAUCAUCGGCUCCUUCUCCGAGACCUUCAUGUUCCCUGCGACCGUCGCCUACCUCGACAGCGGCAAGAUCAAGACCAAGGGCAUCGUCAACAAGACAUUCAAGCUAGAGCAGUUCCAGGAAGCCCUGGACUCCAUCAAGAACAAGAGUGCCAUCAAAGCUGCUAUUGUCUUUGAUGAUUAAAAAAAAGGAGACCUACAUAGUAUGCGAAUCGGGGCUUUGUUGGCCCGCUUUGGACAUGACUGCUGACGACGACUUACGGUUUGAUAUGAGAGAGGAUUUCGGUUUAGGAAAAGUUGAUUGGUGUUUAAGCGAGAAAAGAAUAAAAUCAGCAAGCAGUCCCACCUGCUACCACCAUCUUGGGACCC